AUGUCGAAGUGGAAAGACCUGGGCUCCGGCAUCAUGAUGUGGCAACCUACCGCGGACCCUGAAGUCGAUGACAUGAGCAUAGAAACACUUGUAGCAGAAGAUGCUCAAGAUGGCAAGAUCGAUGCGAUGGAGUCCUUCUUCCAGGAAUUACUUGGAACAUCGCAAAAUUCAAUACCUACCCAGCGUCACAUACUUCCAGCAACGCCUUCGUUUAGCUCAACUUUGCUCAGCAGCCACACACCAUCCGAAUCCUCAGAGCCAACGCUCAUUACACUCACUCCAGUAGCCGAUACCUCUGCUCCCCUAGAAUCAUCACGAUUAGGUUCCGAUAUCUCUAUCUCGAACUUGGACUUUGAGGACACGAGUACUACAGCCUACGACUCAGACCGCACAGACUUUGUUGACACACCGGACACACCUUGCCCUGUAAAGCACGUCGAAUCCUCGCGCCGCAGCACUGGUGCCACGAGUCAUUUCUUCCAUACGACCAAACAGAAAAAGACAACGCUUCCUGUCAGGCGGAAAUUGCGUUUCGGCACAACUUCAGCGACUGCAAGGCCUAGAUCACCACAUAAGCUGGGGAAAAUGGGUUUAGUCGCGCCUGAGUAUUCGCCUUCUCAUCGUUGGACAUAUCAAGAACGAGAUACACAGCGAAAUCUGAUCGAGACUACAGCGGCAAACUUAAACAUUGAGCUACAUCGCUUGCAGAAAGAGGUUAAUUCGCCAUCAGGAAGGGCAAAGAAGGCGAGAUGCCCGAAGACGAGGAAAUUGUUCCGAACUCUUGUCAGACGAGCAUCUCAGGAAGAGCAGUUUAUGGCUGUUCGAGCCCCGACAUCAGAAGAAACGUCCGUGCCACCUCUGAGAAAUGGCGGCGUAACUUUGAACAACAAUACCAGCUUCCAAGACUUGGAAUACCUAGUCGACGCAGAGGACGCGCUCGAGCCUGCUCCACUUGCUCUUGGGCGCAUAGCUGAGACGAGCAAUAGCGCAGUUCAGCUAGCGUUUCGAGUCUUCGACGAGUACAGCGGUACAUCAUUCAAAGACGGUCAAUUCGUGGCUGGUGCCUUUGUAGGAGUGGCUGCGAAAUCCGGUGGUCAGCUGCCACAUCCAUUUGAUCCUACUACUGAAGAUGGGCAAAAAGCAAUCAAAAUCACCAGCAGCGCUCAUUUUAACAAUAGUGGAGGACCCAGUUGCUGGAUCUCUGUGUUCACGAGCUUCUUGGAAAGUCUGACGAAAGCCGCAAAUUUGACGCAACCACGGAUUGCGCUUAUCGACUUAUCUAAGAUUGACAAGGGCAAUACGCUACGAGCACACGAGCUCCUUGUCUGGGGUCAGAUAAAACGCGAAGCCAUUAUCCGGGAGUUCUCGCUGCGUGAAUUGAUAUUACUCGCAGACGCCCACCAUAGCAUAGCAGAUCUGCUACAACUACAUCAAUUUCAGGUUGGCAGAAGGACCUCUCUCGUCGCUACAAGUUUAGUCACAAAGAACACGAGGUUAGAUGCCGAAUGCGCUGAAGCAAUGGCCACCAUCGCCGAGCAGUUCGGUCUGGUGCAACUCAGACAUAUCGAAAACCUUGUGGCUCGCCUCGUAGAUGGCUGGAGCAUCACUGUUUCAACAUCGUUGGACAUUGAAUUAGCUGGAGUUCUGUUUGCUAGGAAAUUGCGGUCUAGCAAAAACUCCACUCGAGAUGUCGCCAGUGCGUUUGUAAAGGGCGUCGAAGAAGGCGUCGCACGCCUUGCAUAUUGGAGCCAGCGACGCGGGUCGCGCGUGCGACGUUUUCGAACUGCCUAA